UCAGGACUUCCAACUUCUCUGCCCAUCUCAUUGCCAACGGAUAUCGAGGGACUUCCAACGUCUCUGCCCAUCUCAUUGCCAACGGAUAUCUCGGGACUUCCAACGUCUCUGCCCAUCACAUUGCCAACGGAUAUCUCGGGGCUACUAACGUCUCUGCCCAUCACAUUGCCAACGGAUAUCGAGGGACUUCCGACGUCUCUGCCCAUCUCAUUGCCAACGGAUAUCUCGGGGCUACCAACGUCUCUGCCCAUCUCAUUGUCAACGGAUAUCGAGGGACUUCCGACGUCUCUACCCAUCUCAUUGCCAACGGAUAUCUCGGGACUUCCAACGUCUCUGCCCAUCUCAUUGCCAACGGAUAUCGAGGGACUUCCGACGUCUCUGCCCAUCUCAUUGCCAACGGAUAUCGAGGGACUUCCAACGUCUCUGCCCAUCUCAUUGCCAACGGAUAUCGAGGGACUUCCAACGCCUCUGCCCAUCUCAUUGCCAACGGAUAUCGAGGGACUGCCAAGUCUCUCUAUCCCCCUGCUCACUGGCACGGAUCUACCAUCGUUGUCUAUUCCCACAUCCAUUCCA